UGGUUCUUUUGUCAGGACACCAUCUUUGGUGUGUAUUGUCUUGCAUUCUUUUUUCAUAUCGGAGUUCUUACAUAACACUUAUAUUACUUCUGAAUAUUUUAAUCUAGUUGCACCAACAUGCUCCAAGCAUAUCAAUCAGGGAGCAGAAUGUUUCAUCCGGAGUGCCACCAACUAAAGCUUCACAAGCUUUGAUGGAUGAACCAUUUGAAAAUGUCAAUGGACAAACUGAAGAACUGCCAUCAGAGCUCCCCUGCUCGAUCAAGAGACCAAAAUUUUCAGUUGCAGAACUUCUAGAAGACCUACAGGGUAGAAGUGGUUCUUAUGUUGAGACAACAUCUUUGUCACACCAACACACCAGAGCUAAACAUUGGAAGCCAAAGUUCCUUUCUUCCGAGAAGAAAACAAUAGCUAUUCUAGGAGACAGGAGUAUUGAUAGUGAGGACCCCUUAGAGCAUGUAAUUGACGGAACAUCUAGCGAGGAGGAAGAUGCUACUCAAAACCACUUGAGUUUGGUGAACAAAGAUGAGAACCAGCAAACUAUGGCUGACCUAUUUCAAGAAGUUUUUAAUCCAACAAACAUGGAUGGUGCCAUGAAAUCAAUGAGAUCAACAGGAGCUGGUAACUAUGGAAGAAUGCAACAGAUUAUGCAGAUGGAGAAAGAUUGGCAUGUGGAAUUCUUGAGACAGUAUAGCAGAGAGCACAGUUAUUCAGGUGGUGCUCUUGGUAGCAGUUGGUAUAACUUAAUGAAAUGA